ACAAAACUACAAAACGCAUGCGCCCAUCGAUUCGUCAAAAGUGGAAACAGUCGCCUUCGCUUCAAGAUCUCCGCCGAAUUUGCAAACCAAGGCGAUACCACGAAGCUCGAGGACAAGCACGCCAUGAAUCCCUUCAUACCUUCGAUCUCCAACUCCGUCCCUUCUUCUCCUAAUCCUCUCUCCAUGUCUUCCUCUCUUCCUUUUUUUCUCCGGCUCGCUCCUCUCCGUCAAUCUAUCAUCAGAUCCACGAUCCCAAAUCACACUAGGGCGCCAGCAUACUCUUGGUUCUCCAAGCCAUCCGGAUUGCGCAUUGAUCGGCGGGGAUGUACUUCGAGCGGUUUCCCCAUCCGCGUCUCCGCCAUGGACGACGAUCCGAUGGAUGUUUAUUCCAUUUUCGAUGAGAAUGAUGUGGUUUCUGGAAUGAAUUCUUCGUACAUGAUGUCUUCUAGUGAGGGCGAAGAUAGUGAUAGCGAUCCGUUCCUGGAUCCUAACAGGGAUGUUGACUUACCGCCCAGGAAGGAUCAAAAGGAUAUUCCAGAUGCUGCAUUAACUAUGGCUGCGCAUAGAUUUGCUUCGAUCAACAGAGGGCACAGAAAAAGGAGAAUUCGUAGAGGAGUCUGGAAUAAUAUGGGGUUGAUUGCUUUUGUCAUAUUGUUCCUCUUAUUUGUUGACUGGUGUUCAUGGAGAAUUGUUAGAAUUCCACUUGAAUCUUUUUACUUGACACACCCUUUUUGGGUAUCAACAUCUUUAUCAGCUUGUGCUGGAUGGAUUUAUAUACCUCUAGUUGAUAGCAUGAAGUUACAUCAAAUUCAGAGUAAAGGAGGUCCUAGCGCACCCUCCUCUAAAAGGGGUAUUCCAACAAUGGGUGGAUUAUUUUUCAUUCCUGUUGGAGUUAUUGUUGCAAGAUGCAAAGCUGGUAGCCAUUCCUACCCGGUGUAUGGGUCAGUGUUAGCAACUCUAGCAUGUGCUGCAGUUGGAUUGCUUGAUGAUGGUUUAAGUUUGGUUAAAAACCGCAGUUAUGGAUUAUCAGGAUGGACAAAAUUCUUUUUGCUGGUAGUUGUGGGGGCAUCAUUUUCCGUUUGGAUGAACUCUGCAAAUUUACCAACACCUUACAACAUGAAAUUUUUGGUUCCUUUCCCUGCACCACUCGGCCUGGUAUAUUUUGGAAAAUUCUACCUGGCUUUGACAACGUUCUGUUUUGCUUCCAUUGGGACUGGAGUUAACCUCGCUGACAAGCUUGAUGGCUUGGCUGGCGGAACUGCUGCUUUGGCUUUCUUAGGGAUGGCCGUUGCUAUUCUUCCAAUAUGCCCUGAACUGUCUAUUUUUGGAGCAUCAAUGGCUGGAGCAUGUGUUGGCUUUCUUGUUCACAAUCGUUACAGAGCUUCCAUAUUUAUGGGUGAUACUGGAUCCCUGGCACUAGGUGGAGCUCUCGCUGCAAUGGCUUCAUGCACAGGAAUGUUCCUUCCCUUGUUCAUAUCUUCUGGUGUGUUUAUCUUGGACGCCGUGUCGGUCAUAGUACAGGUACUUACUCUAAGGGCAACCAGAUGUAUACAUGGAACAAGUAAAUACAUUCGUCGGAUAGCACCCAUGCACCGUAUCCUUGAACUAUGUGGGUUGAAAGAACCAGUGAUUGUUGCAAUUGCUUAUGUUAUAUACUGCAGCAUGGCCAUGUAUGCUGGAUAUGUUGGCCUGAUCUCAGCUUGAUCACAAGUCUUUAACCUUAUUCCUCUAUGAAAAUUAUAAUCACCGCGAUGUCGUGGCAUAAUUUCUGCUUUUGAUUGCACUGAGGUCACAAGAAAAAAUGCUGGAGAUGGUUAAGUCUCAAGGCCCGAAGUCGUCUUCUUUUUGGGUUAUUUUAAAGUUUGCAGCCUGCUGGUGAUUUUUUGCUGAAGUUUCAGGUGCCAUUCUUUUCUGUUGAAUGAUAUGAUCAUGGCCAACUGAUGAGUUCAUUAAAACUUACAGUAUAUGUGUUUUAGAUUCAUUAUUUCACUAGUAUUAAUAUAAAAGCAAUUUUCAACGUUC